AUGGCUUCCAACUUCAAGAAGCCAAACGCGGCCUCUACCAGCCAGAAAAGAAAGAUGGGUCCUAAGCCCGAACUCACUGAAGGUCAGAAGCGAGAAGUUCGCGAAGCUUUUGACCUCUUCGACAUGGACGGAAGAGGGACCAUCGACGUGAAGGAGCUGAAGGUGGCCCUGAGAGCGCUGGGCUUCGAACCCACGAGGGAGAAGAUGAAGAAGAUGAUCUCCGAGGUGGACAAGGAAGGCACGGGGAUGAUCAGCUUCAAUGAAUUCUUGGCUGUGAUGACUCAGAAGAUGGCCGAGAAGGACACCAAAGAAGAAAUCCUGAAGGCUUUCAGGCUCUUUGAUGAUGAUGAAACUGGGAAGAUCUCUUUCAAAAACCUAAAGCGUGUGGCCGGUGAAUUGGAGGAAAACCUCACCGACGAAGAACUGCAGGAAAUGAUUGAUGAAGCCGAUCGGGAUGGCGACGGGGAGGUGAACGAAGAAGAAUUUCUUCGUAUCAUGAAAAAGACCAACCUGUAUUAA